AUGUCAACAUCUACCUCAUCCGCGGAGUGCUCACCCGUUGAUGAUUUUGUGCUCAAUGCUGCCAUCUGCGCCACUUCUGAGUAUUCUGACCCUGAGGAGAUUGAGGAGGUUUCUCAUGAGCCAGAAAGACGUAUUCAGACCGGCUCCCUCGUCAUCACAUUGCCAGUUGAACUCCACCGUCAGAUCAUCGGACCUCUAGGACCAGCUGGCCAGCCGAUUUCAGGCACCACCUCCCUUAAACUCUACGCUAUCUUCAAGGAGUACUACUUCGCAAAUUACUCUCCUCGAUUUGUCACAACGAGCCCGCAGCUCUUCGGAACAUCGAGCGCAUCGGUCACAAUCAUGAAAUUGCCUUCAAGCAAUCGCAACACCAAGCGUAACAGAGCGAAGCAACUCAGUUCCCUGAUCAACAAGCUGCCGAAUGAGCUCCUCCUGCAAAUUUUCAAAGACUUGAAGCCCGUAAGCCAACGAAUGCUCGGUUUAACCUCGAUCACUCUCUACAAGCUUUACAAGGAGGACUUCUUCCAGGAGAAAAUUUAUAUAAGCUUCACGGAACUCCGUGGAACCCCACAGUACAGCAACAUACUCUUCGGGUGGCUGUUUCCUGACACCGGAGUUACGAGUCUAGAGAUCGCAUGGGGUAGGAUCAUAUGGGAUGAACGGACCCGGAUACUGAAAUGUCCUCCUUCGGAGGAUUCCCCGCACAAAAAAUUUCCUCUUCCUCUUCGUAUGCAACAUGUUGUGCUUGAUGACGACCUGGAGAAGAUAUGA